AUGCUUAAACUUCAGGCCUUAAGGGCCAGGGGAGCAAAUGGAUUUGCAUUGGAAAAGCAAGAAAUUUUCCGAAGGCUUCGGUUAUCGUCACUGAACGGUUACAACAGUACAGGUAGAUUACGAAAACGUGUGAAGCGUAGUCCGUAUCGACUCAUAAGCAGCAGUGUGUUCAGAAGUGACAACACCAUUCUCGAUGUAAAACAGUACAAUAAAAUUCCGCCACUAAUUGAUUCAGGGCUAACAACAGUUCAGAAGAUCACUAAACUUGUUCGGGUGCUGUACCACGGCAAAGAGCAAUCAGGAAAUUGGUUCACCACCUACAAUCGCAUUCUGGAUUUCAAGAAGAAGCUUGAUGAGAGCAGUCAAUCACCGGGGAAGAAAGUAUACGAAUUGAGACUGUACGACUUG